CUGAAGCGGCAUACUGCACAGAGGAGACUGGGGUGAAGGCAGAGGAGAGGUGACAGCUCUUAGUUAGCAGUGUGACUAACUCUCCUGGAAAAAAGCCUGCUUGACAGGAGCAGUGGGAGGGACAAAAAGGACAAGACAAUAACUACAACACAAAGAAGAAAAAUCGCUUCCAAUAAGCAGGACACUGGAGCACUGCUGCCGACACAAAAGUAAUGUACUCCAUCAGACACCAAAUGAAGAAAUGAAGUUCACACGGACUGAGCCACGGAGAAAACUCAGUGAAGGAUGUAUUCUAUGAAGAGCCCAAUUUAUGAAAAAGGUCACAAAGGUGUCAGUGGAGCAGUUUUCACCUUUUUUCCAGCCUGUCUGCUCUGAGUGCCAUGCCCCUGUUCAGCUGGAUGAAAUGGUCCAAUGAAACAAAAGCCAAGGUUGAGGAUGAAGCAGCACCUCUGAAGACAUCUGAGGUCGUUCCCAGUCGCAUGUUGAUCAGAGAGCUCCUGUGGCAUGUGGAAGAACGUGAGAGGCUGGCAAGGGAGCUGGAGCGGGAAAACAGGAUGGCCCACAGCGCCCUGGGUCUCCGCUGGUUCCAGAAGUACCCCAGGUUACGGACCCUCAUCCCCACAUCAGAGCUCCACCACCUGGAGUUCUUGUGUGCCCAGAUUCCUCCUGCCCAUGCAGCCACCGUGCUCUCCAGGUUUCGUGAGGUGCUUGCCACUAACAACAUUAGGCCCUGGGAGCUGGCAUCUGUCUUCAAGCAGGUGCUUAGAGACUUUUUGAGCCAAAAGCAGUAUGAUGAACAGGACGACAUCCAAGUUCAGCCAGCACAGCUCCGACCAAUGGCGGCUUGGACCAGCCGAUAUAAAAUGAAACAAGGCUUUAUCACACCCAUUGUUCCAAAUUGUGGUGACAACCGAAGGGAAGAGAUUCCAACGAUAUCGGGUUAUGUGGACUGGGCCAUGCAGCACUCCAGUUCAUACUCAGGGUUCAACAGGGACUGGGACCUUCCAUAUUUCUACCCAGUUCCUCUCAGUCCCACGGGAGUCUACAGCACUACACUAUGAGUGAACAUACUGCUUAAAACAUCUGUGGUUCUUGUUCUUAACCAGAGGAAUAACUGAAUCCAAAGCAUGAAUUUGAGAUGCAAGUCAUUCACUAUUUGUAUACAUUUUAGGGAAAUCAGUUUGUGACUAAGUUGAAGGCAACUUAGGCUAUGUGAACUAUAUAUUUGUUGAACUGUAAAUUCAAUAUUUUUUUUCACCUGCUGUUUUUAAUCUCUACUUAAUGGACCAACUUUUUUUCUGUAGUCCUGCUAACAAACCUUGACAUGACAUUUGGUUAUGUAUUUCAAAGGUAAAUUGUAAGGUAGGUAGUGGGAUCGGGUCAUACAUACCAGUGUGAAAUUUAUUUUCCCACCCUGGUCCUUAACAUGUUAGCUUGUGAGUCUUAAAAGUUAAAAGUCUACUUGUAACUGUUUGUCAAAUUUCUCUGCUGAAAAUGUCAAUGAGUUCUGAGCAGUUUAACCAAAGACUGUUGUUAAUUUCUCCAAUUGUUGAGACCUUAAGA